AUGGGCUCGCCAAUAAAUAUCAACGUCCGCGAAGGAAUGAUGCCAAGUGAGCUGCAGGCUUUUCUGGACCACCGUGGAGCGUGGUACAAGCAUCGCCAUCUGCUGCGAUUGAAUUUCAUUCUCCUCGUUCCCUUGGUUUCUACAGGAGCAGUGGGGUUCGACGGAGCCAUGAUGAAUGGUCUCCAAACUCUCCCCCAGUGGCGCACCUAUUUCAACAACCCAAGCGGCACUCUCCUCGGCAUUAUGAACGCAAUUUAUCCCACCGGGAAAAUCAUCGGUAUUCUCGCCGCUAGUUUCCUAUGUGACCGGUUUGGCAGAAAACUACCCAUGUGGCUGGGUCUACCGACCAUGGUCGUUGGGGCUGCAAUACAGGGAAGUGCGCUUAACUUGGGCAUGUUCAUGACUGCCAGAUUCAUUCUAGGAUUUGGAAACUCGCUAGUUACCCUGCCGACGCCGAUUCUGAUAGCCGAGCUGGCGUAUCCGACUCAUCGCGGGAAAAUGACAGCGAUGUAUAAUACUUUCUAUUAUGUUGGCGCGAUAAUGGCGGCAUGGAUUACGUAUGGGACAUUCAAGCUGCCAGACGAGCGAAGUUGGAGGAUUCCAUCGAUUCUUCAGGCCUCGAUACCAUUUAUACAGCUGUGCUUUUGCGCCUUUGUCCCGGAAUCUCCAAGAUGGCUCAUCGCCCACGACCAAUCCGAAAAAGCGCUACAAAUCCUAGCCAAACACCACGCAGCGAAUGACAAAUCAGCACAGCUAAUCGCCUUUGAAAUGGCCGAGAUUCGUGAAAACAUCCAGUUCGAAAGAUCCGUCAACGCGCAGCAACUAUCAUACAUGGACCUAUUCCGGACAGCUGCGAACCGGCGACGAGCCUACAUUGCGGUGACGUGCGGCAUCUUUGUGCAAUGGGCAGGCAACGGAGUCGUCUCUUACUAUCUGACACUGGUACUCGACACAAUCGGCAUCACCGCCGUCUCGUCGCAGACGCUCAUCAAUGGGCUGCUGCAGGUAUUCAACUGGUUCGCAGCGGUGCUCGGUGGCGCGCUCAUGGUCGACCGAAUGGGACGACGCACGCUGUUCUUGGUUUCGGCCAUUGGCAUGCUCUGUUCGUACAUCGCGUGGACGGUUCUCACGAGCGUGUUUGUGCGGACCCUAAAUCAAAACGCCGGACAUGGUGUCGUUGCAUUCAUCUUCAUCUACUAUCUAUUCUACGACAUCGCCUGGACGCCACUAAUGCCCGCGUAUCCCGUUGAGAUUUGGCAGUAUACCAUGAGAAGUCGGGGCGUGACGUUUUCACUAGUCGUCAAUUACGCCGGACUGAUCCUGGGCCAGUUUGUGAACCCGAUCGCGAUGAAGAAUAUCGGAUGGAAGUAUUACAUUGUCUUUUGCUGUCUGCUCGCCGUGCUGGUGAUAUUAAUCUAUUUUUUGUUCCCGGAAACCAAGGGACGCACAUUGGAGGAGAUUUCGGAAAUAUUCGAUGGGACAACAACAGUGGCAGGUGCAGCAAGAAGAAGACCGAUGCUAGGACAUCCAGAACAGAAACCUAUGGAGUGA